AUUUUGGAUAAACACCAGAGAAUCAUAACGAGAAUCUAAAUAUUUCACUUUUCCAAUGUUGUUCAUCUGACUGACUGUUCAUUGAUUAUGUUUCUGGAGUGUCGUGAAUGUUUAAUCAUUGAUAUGUUUCUGCAACAGAAAAAAACAAGCGCACACGUACACGUGACGUAAUCACGUAGUGACACUCUGUCGCUUUGUUGAUGACGUGCGGCGUGAAGAACGUAACGUACCAUUACCGCAAACAGCAGCACCAGCAGUUAACGGGGUUUUGUGUCAAUAUUGUUAUACAGCCACCUUUUUAAUCCGCAUUUGUUUUUCUACUCAAAGCCUUGGCUCUGACUGCUUGGAAUCAAGAUGUCGUACAUGCUACCGCAUCUCCACAAUGGCUGGCAGGUGGACCAAGCCAUCCUGUCCGAGGAGGACCGAGUCCUUGUGAUCCGCUUCGGGCAUGACUGGGACCCAACGUGCAUGAAAAUGGACGAGGUUCUCUACAGCAUCGCUGAAAAGGUGAAAAAUUUUGCAGUCAUUUACCUGGUGGACAUCACAGAGGUGCCUGACUUCAACAAGAUGUACGAGUUGUACGACCCCUGCACCGUCAUGUUCUUCUUCAGGAACAAACACAUCAUGAUUGAUUUGGGUACUGGUAACAACAACAAGAUCAACUGGACAAUGGAGGACAAGCAGGAGAUGAUAGACAUUGUGGAAACAGUGUACCGCGGGGCCAGAAAAGGAAGAGGUCUGGUAGUGUCUCCAAAGGAUUACUCUACAAAAUACAGAUAUUGAUUUUAUUAUUUUAUUUUUUACCUUUUUAAGUCUAAGAAGAGUUAUUUUUCAUCCCUCUUCAUAUUCUGUGACAUGACACACAGACUACAAGUUAUCGGAGAUCUUUUUCAUACGUUUUUUUGCCUCUGAAACCGGACAAUACAGAGUUAUGGCCUUGAUCGUUUGUGUUUCCUGUCCAGACUGAUGUGUGAUUUACUUUCUUCAACAAGUUGUGUCUUUUCAAAAUGCCCCCUUUCUGGGAAACAGGUGCUGAUGAAGAAAAACAACAAGUAAAAAGUUCCCAAAAUGUAAUGAAUGUACAUUUACAUAUUAAAGUGUAUUGAUGUAGGUGCUUUGGCUUUCUGUCUUUUCAGGGCGACUCAGAGUAAAGUCGUGUAUAGUGGAAAUAAUUAGUUGAGAUCGGCACAUAUUUGUUUUGAUGGUGACUGAAGUCUGAGUGCAUUUCCUAAGACCUCCACUAGGCGGAGCCAGAGAUGUUUAUUCCUCUAUUACUAAAGGUUCUGUGUCUAUUUACCACGGAAAUAGAUUAGCUAAAGGAAUCUAUUUUUCAGGCACUAUGUACAGGCACAGGUUCAACAUUUUAUUUAGGAUAUAAUAUGAACAUGAAACUGAUGUAUUAGUUAAUCCAAAAGAAUUCAAAAGUGUACGGUCAUGUAAAUAUGAGAUAAUAAAAAGUCAAAAU